UAAUCGUUUGCGUUUAUCUCGUAGGAUCGGAAUGCGAAUCGGAAUUUUUGUUUAUAUUAUUCUAAUCUAAUCUAUUUAUAUGCUUUUGGCUUUUUCACAAGUGUGGCCACUCUGGAGACAAACCUCACCAACUUGUAUCAUUCUCUCUGUUGGUUCACCAGUCGCUUCCUUAAUCCGAUGAACCAAAUCAUUCUCUCUCUCUCUCUUGAUCUGUACUCAAACAUGGAAUCCCAAUCUGAGCAAAUUUGAGUUUCCAGGUUCAAGAUUUUCACAAGUUUAUCACUGUUACAUCUGCGUCACUUUCAGUUUCAGUUCGGCGGCAGCAUAGUGAGACUGUGUGGCUAUGGCUUCUAAGAUCAAAACUGGUCUAUCCGAAACGACACUUGGCAAAUCAUCUCCAGGAACUCUAAGAGUGUCUAAACUGAGUCGGAUAAUGACUAGAUCUGAACCUAAUUCUCCUUCACCGACUCAACAUUCACGGCUUUCGCUCGACCGCUCUUCUGCUAACUCAAAGCCUUCUGCUGAAAAGAGGUCUCCCAAGAUUCCAACCCCACCAGAAAAAACUCAAACACGGGCUGCGAAAGGAUCAGAACCACAACCUCGGUUGAUCCAAUUAAAGGAAGAUCUGAGGAAAGCGAAUGAGGUGAUAGCAUCCCUUGAGAAUGAAAAGGCUAAAGCACUUGGUGAACUUGAACAAGUGCGCAAAGAGGCAUCCGAGAAACUGGAUGAGGCUUUCAAAGCUCAUAAAAAGGUUGAGGAGAGUUUCGAGAUUGAGAAAUUUGAGGCCGUUGAGGCAGGGAUUGAGGCAGGGAUUGAGGCAUUUCGGAGAAAGGAAGAAGAAUUGAGGAAAGAACUCGAGAAUGUCAAGAACCAACAUGCUUCAGAUUCGGCUGCUCUUCUUUCGGUGACCAGGGAGCUGGAGAAAGUCAAUCAAGAGUUGGUCGCAGCUACUGAUGCCAAGAGGAAGGUUAUGAGCCGAGCAGAUGAUGCUAGCAAGAUGGCUUUGAUUCAUGCAGAGAAAGUUGAAAUCUUGUCGUCGGAGCUGAUACGGUUAAAGGCUCUGCUUGAUUCAACCCGAGAGAAGGAAACCAUCUCCAACAAGGAGAUUGCUUCUAAAUUAGGAGGGGAGAUAAUGGCUUUAAAAAGAGAGGUUGAGGAUGCGAGAAGUCUUAAAGCAGAGGUCAAGGAGCGAGAGAAGGUCAUUGAGAGGCUUAAGGUUGACUUAGAAGCUGCGAAAAUGGCAGAGUCUUACGCGCGUGACUCUGCUGACGAGUGGCAUAACAGAGCCAAAGAAUUGGAGGAACAGUUAGAUGAAGCUAACAAUCUGAUGAGAGCUGCCUCGGCUUCUCUGGUAUCUGUGACGAAGCAGCUGGAAGGAAGCAAUGACAGAUUGCAUGCUACGGAGUCUGAAAUUACUGAUCUCAAGGAGAAAAUCGGGUUGUUGGAGACGGCAUUCGCUAGACAAAAGGAGGAUCUUGAAGAAUCUGAACAACGGCUAGGUAUUGCAGAAGAGGAAUUAUCAAAGGUCGAAAAAGAGGCAGGGAAACUGAAGAACGAGCUUGAAACUGCGAAGGAGGAAAAGUAUCAGACAUUAAAGAAGGAACAAGAUGCUACUUCAAGUGUUCAAAGGCUCCUGGAAGAGAAAAACAAGAUCUUGUCAGAGCUGGAGAGGUCGAAAGAGGAAGAGGAGAAGAGUAAGAAAGCUAUGGAGAGUUUAGCUUCGGCAUUGCACGAGGUGUCGAGUGAAGCACGCGAGCUGAAAGAAAAGCUGCUGAGUCAAGGUGAUGAUGAGGAUUAUGAAACACAGGUAGAAGAUCUGAAGUUGGCCAUCAAAGCAACGAACGAGAAGUACGAGAAUAUGCUUGACGAGGCGAGACAUGAGAUCGAUGUUCUUGUCAGUGCUGUGGAACAAACCAAGAAACAGUUCGAGAGCUCAAUGGUGGAUUGGGAGACGAGAGAAGCCGGUUUGGUGAAUCACGUGAAGAAAUUUGAUGAAGAAGUUUCUGCAAUGGGGAAAGAGAUGACCAGGUUGGGUAAUUUGGUUAAAAGGACAAAGGAAGAAGCUGAUGCAGCGUGGAAGAAAGAAUCUCAGAUGAGAGAUAGUCUUAAAGAGGUGGAAGAUGAGGUGAUUUAUCUUCAGGAAACUCUCAGGGAAGCAAGAGCCGAAAGCUUGAAACUGAAUGAGAAAAUGUUGGAUAAAGAAACCGAGUUUCAAAGCGUUGUUCAUGAGAACGAUUUACUCAGAGUGAAACAGGAUGAUUCUCUGAAGAAGAUCAAGGAGCUAUCCAAGUUACUCGAGGAAGCAUUGGCCAAGAAACACACAGUAGAGAACGGUGAGCUCAGCGAAAGUGAAAAAGACUACGAUUUGCUUCCAAAGGUGGUUGAGUUUUCUGAGGAGAACGGUCAUAGAAGUACAGAAGAGACGUGUUCUAAAGUAGAAACCCUCGACAUGAAGCAGCUCGAGGAGGACAGAGAGAAGAAAGAUGAUUCUCCAGAUGGUAAUGAUGAUGACACAGUUAAAGUUGAACUUAAAAUGUGGGAAAGUUGUCAGAUUGAGAAGAAAGAAGCUGUCGACAAGGGAAACCCAGAGCAAGAGUCGAACAUGAUAGACGAAAGCGAGAAAACCUCACCAGAAAACAUGAAAGAAACUGGAAAUGGAUUAACCGGAGAAGAUCAACUGGUGAAUGAGAAAGAGAAGAAGAAGAAGAAGACACUGUUUGGGAAAGUUGGGAAUCUUCUCAAGAAGAAAGGACCCGCGAAUCAGAAAUAAAACAUCUCUUGAGUGCUACACUGCGAAAUCUGGCUUUUUACAUAUACAGAUGAUACACAUCUCUCUUCAUCAUUUUGAGUUCUAAUAUAUAUAUCUUUUUGGUAAUGGCUUCUGAAAAGUUGUAGUGAUUCUUUUCGUCUUUCGAUUUUUGGGCUUACUCUGUUCUUCGUUCUUACGUCAUCAGUAAACCCAGGAACAAAAUCUCUGUGUAUGUACAGUUUACUGCUCGUUAGAUAUCCAGGAAUAAGACACCUUUUUGCAAU